GCUCCCUCCCUUCCCCUGCCGCUCACCACUCUUCUUCUUCCACCUCUCGACUCCUCCCACGCUGCUCCGCUCUUCCUCUCAAAAGACUCCAAUCCGUCGAUAAAAUUGCGCCAUUGGAUCGCGGGGAGGUGGAUUAGACCCAGCACUCUACCCUUCCCCGCCCGCCCUCAGCGCCGGUCACGCCUCCGCCUUCCUGACCCAGGCAUCCUUCCAUUCCACCACGGCUCUGCCUCUCCUCCUACAGUCCUACUACCCCCGUCGUCGUCCUCGCGGCCCCCUGGACCUCGCGCGCAGUGAACGUCCAUCCGGACUCGAUUGGCUUCUUCUUCGCUGCCUUGCUGGUUUGGGGGAAAAAAUAAGAAGACUGCUGCUGGCUGAGAAGUGUAGGAAAAUCACGGCUCAUAUCUACCUUGAGGGAGCCGGUGGGAGAAAAGGGAGUGGACAGGGCCAGAUCACAAGCAUGGACAAAACUGCCAGUGUGGUAUUGGAUAUUGAGGGCCUGCCUCAACCACCUGAUAAAUGCUGCUCUGGAAGUCCCAAAAUGAUUAGAGCCCUGUCGCGUAAGGGUUCAAAUCGCAUGGAGAGGAGGGGUGGUGAAGAGCAAGAGCAAGAGGAUUUGGCAAAAAAACUUAUCAUCAAAGUUGUACCAUCUCAACUGGAUCAGCCCCUGGUUCAGAACAAGGCUCUGGUUGCUCCUCACUAUACUCCCUGCACACCUGUUCUUAUCGAUUCUGGUGAAGGAAGGAGCAAAAGAUUUAACCGGUUCACAUCAAUCAACCCUCGGAAAAUUCUUCUCUUCUUUGCAACGCUGUCGAGCAUGGGGACGACGAUCCUGAUAUACUUCACGCUGGGGAUCAACAGCAAAGCGGAGGCUUAGUCGUUAGCAGGCACCAUUUACUUCGGCGCGGCAUCAGUACAUUCCAAGCUUUGAGUUUGCUCCGUUUUCGGAUUGUGUUUUGUUUUUGGGAGGACCACCGGUCCACAGCAGCAACAGCUGCAGCUAGAUGCAGCCAGUCAGGUUCCUACCUGCGAGUGAGACGACGCUGCUUGAGCGGGGUGCUCGUCCUCGUUGUAUACCUUCAGCUCCUCGCCUCCCAAAUUUCCUUCAUCUGUAUGUAUAGAGAUUGGUUGUUGUGACCUGUGAGUCUAUGGAGAUAGAGGAGCCAUCGGUGUUUCGGCGAUGA